AUGACUUUCGGCCAAUCUCUUUACAAAAUUAUUUCUCAUUAUUCACAGUUUUAUUUCAUUGCAAUUGCAUCGAUACUUGGUACAGGUAUCCUUGGUCUUCCGGUGACAUUAUCUGAAAGUGGAUUUCGACCAUUUAUUAUCUCAUUUUUGAUCUGUUACUUUGUUCAAGUAUUGACAAUUUUUUUCUUCACGGAAGUUUUACAAAAGGCUUAUUAUCGAAACGUUGAAAAUUUACAACAAAGUGACAAAGAUAAUGCACCGAUUCAUAUGGAAAAAGAUGAAUUACCUACAUACGGAUCAGAUUAUGAUUUGGCAGCAAGACAGGCACAUUUCUGGGAUUCAACAAUAAAUUAUAAAAGUACAUUAUAUUCAAAAUAUUGUUUAAUAUUUGGAAUAGUUUUUAUUUAUUUUCUUUCGGGUCUUUUUGUUUCUAUUCAUAUGACAAUGAGUGGAGAUAAUCCACUUAUUAUAAAUAUAUGUCAAUUAAUAAAACAAAAAGUUUUUUUUUUUCAAUAUUAUGAUAAUGAAACGUCUUUAAUACCAACAAGAAUUCUUUAUAUAUUUUUCAUAUUACUUAAUUUGUUAACGCUUACAUGGAUAUAUACAUCAUAUAAAAAUAUAUCUAAAUUAAAACGUAAAUGUUUAGCAACAAUCUUUUUUUAUACACUUGUAUUAACAAAAUUUGAAGGAAAUGAACGUUCAAAUUUGGUUAAUCGAAGUUUAAAACGUCUUUUAUUCGUAUUAUUAUUUGUUCUAAGCAAUAUAAUAGCUAUAUUUCCUGCACUAACAAUAAAAGCUUUCAAUAUAACAUUAAAUAUUAACUUUCGAAUAUUUUUUACUUAUUUAACAAUAUUACCAUGGUGUGAAUCUUUAACAUUUUUAUUUUUCACAGAAAUGAAAUUUAAUUUUAUAAAGAAAAGUUUUAAAUCGAAGAAAAAUCCUGAUCUUCAACAACGUAUUGGUACACGUUUGAGUUCAUAUCGAGAAAAUUUUAUUAAAAUUCCAACAAAUCAAAUUGAAUAA